GCGCGGCCGCAUUAACGCCCGCCAAAUUUUCGCGGCGGCGGGAACAUGUAGUGAAUGGAACCCUAGAAAACCAAAGUUCACCCCCAUAUCGUCAAUCUCACGAAAUCCCAGCGAGCCAAGCCAUUCCAAAUUCCUCAACACCAAGAAAGCCUCCGAGGCGACGGACCUGCGAAGUCGCCAUGAAAGGGCGCGCUGUGAAGUUCCGUGAGGCGCACAAGUCGGGCUCGCCGGCCCUCUGCUCCGCCGCGUGGGGCCCCGGCGGGAACCACAUCGUCACCGCGUCGGCCGCCGACACCGCCAUCCUUGUCCACGACGCCGCCGCUGUGGUCGGCAGUGGCGGCGUCGGACGGGGCUCGGGUCCGGCGCCGGUGGCUACGAUCCGGCUCCACAAGGACGGCGUCACGGCGCUUGCCGUCGCACCGGGCCCCGGCGGCUCCCUGGCUUCCGGAUCCCUCGAUCAUUCCGUCAAGUUCUACACAUUCCCAGAGGGGGAGUUCCAGAGCAAUGUUACCCGAUUCACCCUCCCGAUCCGGUCACUCGCUUUCAACAAGAAGGGGACCCUGCUGGCGGCAGCCGGCGACGACGACGGCAUCAAACUGAUUGCGACCAUCGACAACACGAUCUCCAAGGUGCUCAAGGGCCACAAGGGCUCCGCCACCGGGCUGGCUUUCGAUCCCAGGAACGAUUACUUGGCAUCCGUCGACAGCUUCGGCACGGUCAUCUAUUGGGAUCUUUGCUUCGGCGGUGAGGCCCGUACCCUGACGCGUGUCGCUCCCACAUUCCGUUCAGAUAACUCGGUGAAGAAUGUCCUGUGCUGGAGCCCUGAUGGGCAGACCCUUGCUGUUCCCGGAUUGAGGAACAAUGUGGUGUUGUAUGAUAGGGACACCGGGGAGGAGGUGUUCACGCUGAAAGGAGAUCAUGAGCAGCCAGUUUGCAGCCUUUGCUGGUCCCCGAAUGGGAGGUACCUUGCCACUGCUGGCCUGGAUAGGCAGGUGCUGAUUUGGGAUGUCAAGUCAAGGCAGGACAUUGAGAGGCAGAAGUUUGAUGAGAGGAUAUGUAGCUUGGCUUGGAAACCAGAUGGAAAUGCUUUACUGCUGAUUGAUGUCAUGGGCAGGUUUGGCAUUUGGGAGUCGGUCGUCCCUUCAACUCUGAAAUCGCCUACUGAGGGAACACCUGACCUCAACUCGACCAAGGUUCCUUUGUUUGAUGAUGAGGAUGAUGAAGAGAAGGCAGGUUCCUCUGGUGGAUUGGAGGAUGAUGUUGAUGAAAGUCUUGCUGAUUCAACUCCUUUCAGCCACAAGAGAUUGAAGAGGAAGUCUACCUUUGAUGACCACUCAAAUGGGGAUAGUGAAGAUGAGGAUUUAAUUCAUAAGAUGGAAUCGUCUAAGAGAAUGAAAGAUAAACAUAAAGAUAAAAAGGAGGGUGCUGGAAAGGCAAGAGGUGAUUCAGCAACUUCAGGGAGGCUGGUUACAGCAAGAAUGCAAGCUGCUUUCCAGCCUGGGUCAACACCUUUUCAGCCUGGGAAGCGAAAUUUCCUUGCCUACAAUAUGCUUGGAAGUAUAACUACAAUUGAAAAUGAGGGGCAUUCACAUGUAGACGUUGACUUUCAUGACACAGGAAGAGGCCCUAGAGUUCCUUCCAUGACUGACUAUUUUGGUUUCACAAUGGCUGCCCUGAACGAAUCAGGAAGUGUGUUUGCGAAUGCAUGCAAGGGGGACAAGAAUAUGAGUACUCUCAUGUACCGCCCAUUCGGUAGCUGGGCCGGUAAUAGUGAGUGGUCAAUGAGGUUUGAGGGGGAAGAAGUAAAGGCUGUGGCUCUUGGUACUGGAUGGGUUGCUGCCGUCACAAGUUUAAAUUUUUUGCGCAUCUUCACGGAAGGAGGCUUGCAGAUGCAUAUCCUCUCAGUCAGUGGUCCAGUUGUUACAGCGGCAGGUCAUGGGGACCAGCUAGCAAUUGUAUCCCAUGCUUCAGAUUGUCUCCCCUCAGGAGAUCAGGUGCUGGAUGUCAAAGUAUUCAACAUAUCUGAGGGGGUACAAUCAAUGUCUGGCCGCCUUGUUUUGACUCCAUCUUCUCAAUUAUCUUGGUUUGGUUUCAGUGAGAACGGCCAACUUAGUUCGUAUGACUCCAAGGGAAUACUGAGGGUCUUUUCCAGCCAAUUCAGUGGGAGCUGGCUUCCACUUUUUAGUUCUAUCAAGGCAAGAAAAUGUGAAGAUGAAAGCCAUUGGGUGGUGGGUUUGGACGCUACUAAUAUAUUCUGCAUUCAAUGCAAAUCCCCCCAGUCUUAUCCAGAGGUAAUGCCCAAGCCUGUGCUGAGCAUACUUGAGCUGUCAUUUCCUCUCGCGUCAUCUGACCUCGGAGCGAGUAGUUUGGAAAAUGAGUUCAUGAUGAGGAAGCUGCAUCUGUCACAGAUCCAGAAGAAAAUGGAAGAAAUGGCUGCAUUGGGUCUGGACACAACUGCAUUUGACGAUGAAGCAUUCAACACGGAGGCUGCACUUGACCGGUGCAUCUUAAGGCUCAUCUCCAGCUGCUGCAAUGGUGAUAAGCUUGUUCGAGCUACUGAGCUUGCAAAAUUAUUGACACUGGAGAAGUCAAUGAAGGGAGCACUAACACUUGUGACACGCUUGAAACUGCCCAUAUUACAAGAGAAGUUCAGUUCUAUACUUGAGGCGAGGAUGAUAAACGAUACAAGAAAUUCAGGAACUGUCGUUUCUUGCUCCAAUGCUACAAUUACAAAGAACUCACCAGCGCUGAGCACUCAUGCAGUUCUAGCCGCUAAGGUUGUGCAAAGUGGAAACAGCUUGCAGGAAUCUACAUUGCCCAAACAGAAUCCUGUCAACCAACGAAGCAGUUCAACUGAGCCAAUGAAGGCAGAAGGAGAACAACCAAAAGAAAUUAAUGAUAGCACUCGAAAGGUUUCACCUGCCCUUACACCAUUAGCCAAGGUACCCAAAAACAGUGAAACAAAGAGAGACAGGAAUGGAGCAACCAAUGCAACUGCGGUCGAUCAGAAUCAGAAUGGAGGCAUUGAUCAGAUUGGUGCAAAAAAGAAGAGCACUGAAGACUACAAUCGAGCAGAGCCUAAGCGACCAGUUAACCCCUUUGCAAAAUCGUCAUCCAGCAAAGAACAGUCAUCAUCCCUUUUGGAUUCCAUCAAGAAGAUGAAGGUUGAGAAUGAGAAGGUUGAUAAAGCUAACAGCAAGAAGGUGAAUGUUUAACUGUUUUCAUUUAUUCAUGGCCCGCCGGAGGGAAAUUGACUGGUUCGCAUCCAUUUAAACUAACAUCUGCUGUUUCAUUUUGAUUCUGGUAGUGUAGUAACCACCAUUUACUUUCUUAAUUUCUUUUUCGGAUGGCUUGUGAGCUUACUUUGUAGUUGGGAUAUCCGGUUCAUAACAUUAUGUAAUAUAUUCCCCUUAUUUAUGAAAUAGAUUAUUUGUCCCUUUGUGAAA